UGAAUAUUACUGGCUGAAAGCGAAUCAUUUGUUGCUCAUUCAAUAUCAGAAUAUCGACAAAGUUGUUUGUGGAAAACAGACAUUUUAGAUUUGUUUGUAAAAAAAUACGUUGUUUUUAAAAUUCAAAAAACAAAAAGCAUAAACAAUCGAAGUGAAAAAUUAUCAAAAUGGGUUGUACAUCUGGUGUAAUGAAAUGCGUUUUAAACAUACUCAACUCCUUGAUGGCCAUUGGAGGCAUUCUAUUGAUUGUUUUAGCCACAUUGAGUUUGAAAACAUCCCCAACUAAUUACGUGUUGUACAUGUACAUUGUUGGUGGCGUAAAUUUGUGUGCUGCCUUAUUGGGUUGUUGCGGUAUUUGCCACGAACAUGUCUGUAUGACGGCCACGUAUGCUUUGAUUUGCUUGGCAACUUUGAUUGCUCAAAUCUGCAAGAAAGUUUAUUCAUUCGACUACGAAGCUCCAAUUAGGAAAUUUGCCCGUGAAGAUGUUGAGAAGACAUGGGUUAUGGAAUUAAAAACUCCAGGUUCUAUGGAUAAUACACAACAAACGUAUGGAUGUUGUGGUAAAAUUGGUCCAACCGAUUAUACUCCUCUGGCGCGUCCAAUUCCUAAGAGCUGUUAUCCCAAAGAGAUAAUUGACAACAAACAUAUCUACACCACUGGAUGUAUUAAAGCUGCCCAAGAUAAAUUUAUUGAGAUCUUUCGUUUUGUCUCGUCUGGAGAAUGGUUUGUUCUGGGCAUUUCAGCUGUAAUGUUUAUUUUUGCCGUUUUUUUGGUUAUCCGUUUCCGCAGCAAACAACGCCAUUAUAAUUAUUAAUUUAAUUAAACACAAAAUUCUAUUUCCAAAGCGUACAAGAAAAAUCAUUAACUACAUAACUAUGUUUUCAGAGUGGAACUAAUAAUUCACUUGGUUUAAUGAAUAUAAGCCAUUCAUAAACUAAGUGCAUUUUUCAUUUAUAAAAUUGUUAUUAAUAUUUACUAAAGUCUAUGUGUUUGUAUUUCCAUUAAAAUUUAUUUAAAUUGUUGUAAUUUUAAUUUUUAAUAAUGUUAAUUUUUAUAUAAAUAAUAAAAUCGAAUAUCUUUUAUACAUAUAA